AUGCCACCACUCAAGACAGGCGACAAGUUCCCGGAGGGCGUCAAGUUCGAGUAUGUGCCAAUCACGGACCCAGACCCGAAGGCAUGUGGCAUGCCGCAAGAAUACGACGCCAGCAAGGAGUUCAAAGGGAAGAAGGUUGUACUAGUCUCGGUUCCUGGCGCAUUUACGCCUGGCUGCCAGGCCUACCAUAUCCCGCCUUACCUCGAGAACUUUGACAAGCUCACGUCGAAGGGCGUCGAUCUGGUUGUCGUGAUUGCAUUCAAUGACGGCUGGGUCAUGAGCGCAUGGGCUAAGGUCAAUGGUGUCAAGCCGGACAGCAAGGUCCUGUUCAUGAGCGACUCGAAGAGCUUCUUCGCCAAGGACAUCGGGUGGAUGGCUGGUAUGGGCGAGCGAAACGGCCGUUGGGCGAUGAUCAUCGAGAAGGAUGGCACCGUCAGCUAUGCGGAGCAAGAGUCCAGCCCUCGUGAGGUCAAGGUCUCGAGUGUCGAUGCAGUUCUGUCCAAGCUAUGA